AUGGCCACAAUAGUGGCAACAACGAGCCUUGAAUCUAUUGCUAUUCUAACUCUUUUUUUUACAGACAUAGACGACUGUGCCUCAACGCCUUGUGCUAAUGGUGGGACCUGCACAGAUGGGGUGGCUAGUUUCACUUGUGCAUGUGUUAAUGGGUAUACAGGAGCUGACUGCGCCACAGACAUAGACGACUGUGCCUCAAUGCCUUGUUUAAAUGGUGGGACCUGCAAAGAUGGGAUAAACCAGUUUACUUGUCGGUGUAUGAAUGGGUACACUGGGUACAUAUGUGAAAUAGAUAUAGACGAAUGUUCUGUCAACCCUUGUUUAAAUGGUGGAACCUGCACGGAUGGGAUUAAUAGUUACAACUGUUUAUGUGUUGCUGGGUAUACAGGAACCAACUGCGAAACAGACAUGAAUGAAUGUGCUACGAACCCUUGCAACAAUGGUGGGACAUGCUUAGAUGGAAUUAAUGAUUAUACUUGUUACUGCAUGGAUGGAUACAUUGGUGAUACAUGUCGAACGGAUUUAUGCCAACCAAAUCCAUGUCAGAACGGUGGGAAUUGUAUAAGAUGGAAAGGCAACUUUACUUGUGAUUGUAAACCUGCAUAUAUUGGCGAUCUUUGUAAAAAAGCAAAUUUUGAAGGCAAUGAUUUCAACAAUAACCUCAUUCAUAUAAAUUUUGAAACCAAUGAUUUUUCUUCAUUUUCUGGAUCAAGUAAUCUUUGUAAAUUAAACAAAGAAGCUGGACUUGCUAUUAUAAGAGACAAACAAGCACAAGAUGUUAUUGAAAACCAAACAAGUUCAAUGUAUGGUGGUAUGGAAGUACAACUGUGGAUAGGUGCAACAAAAACUGAAGAUGGUUGGUUCUGGUUGGAUGGAAGUCACAUGACCUUCCAAUACUGGAAUGAAACAGGAAAUGAUGUCAUAGGGAGUUGUUUGAAAAUAGUCAGCCAAUCAGGGAGCAAAGAAUUACGAUGGGUUCCUGGGGAUUGUGACGAAACAAUGGGAUAUAUUUGCGAACAACCAAACACCUUACUUGAUCCAUGUGAAGUGAUAGAAUGUUACAACAGUGGGACUUGUAUAAGUAGUGGGGCUCAUUAUCAUUGUCAAUGUGUGGAUGGGUACAUGGGGGAAGAUUGUGCAACAAAAAUAUCAGGUUCACAUUUUGUUUCAGCUAAGUUAUUAUGGUUUAACAUGCAAGCUGGCAUAAGGUGUGUGAAACAGAACACCCGUGUUAUAAUGGCUGUCGCUGCCCUGCAAUGUGAGGAUAAAUAA